CGGGUGGGCGCCCCGACAUGGCGGCCCGGAGCGCCCCGAGCUGCCACCUGCGGCUCGAGUGGGUGUACGGCUACCGGGGCCACCAGUGCCGCAACAACCUCUACUACACCGCAGCCAAGGAGAUCGUGUACUUCGUGGCGGGGGUCGGCGUGGUGUACAGCCCCCGGGAGCAUCGGCAGAAGUUCUACCGCGGCCACAGCGACGACAUCAUCAGUCUUGCACUACAUCCUGAGCGAGUGUUGGUAGCAACAGGACAAGUUGGGAAAGAGCCGUACAUCUGUGUUUGGGAUUCUUACACUGUUCAGACCGUGUCUGUUCUGAAGGAUGUUCAUACACAUGGUAUAGCUUGUUUAGCAUUCGACUUGGAUGGACAGCGCUUGGUUUCAGUUGGACUCGAUUCAAAGAAUGCAGUUUGUGUUUGGGACUGGAAAAGGGGGAGAAUGUUGUCUAUGGCUCCUGGUCACACUGACAGAAUAUUUGAUAUAUCUUGGGAUUUGUACCAGCCAAAUAAACUUGUCAGCUGUGGUGUGAAGCAUAUCAAGUUCUGGAGUUUGUGUGGAAAUGCUCUGACCCCCAAACGAGGAGUUUUUGGUAAAACAGGUGACCUGCAGACAAUAUUGUGCCUAGCCUGUGCUCGGGAUGAAUUAACAUAUUCUGGUGCACUCAAUGGGGAUAUAUAUGUUUGGAAAGGAAUCAAUCUUAUACGAACAAUACAAGGAGCCCAUACUGCGGGAAUUUUUAGUAUGAAUGCUUGUGAAGAAGGCUUUGCUACUGGUGGCAGAGAUGGCUGUAUUCGUCUUUGGGAUUUAGCUUUUAAACCAAUUACUGUGAUUGAUCUCAGGGAAACAGACCAGGGAUACAAAGGUUUGUCUGUGAGGAGUGUUUGUUGGCGAGGGGACCACAUUUUAGUUGGAACACAGGACAGUGAAAUUUUUGAAAUUGUUGUGCAUGAAAGAAAUAAACCUUUCCUACUUAUGCAAGGGCAUUGUGAAGGUGAACUUUGGGCACUUGCUGUUCAUCCUACUAAACCUUUGGCCGUGACUGGAAGUGAUGAUCGUUCAGUCAGGAUUUGGAGCCUUGUAGAUCAUGCUUUAAUAGCAAGAUGUAAUAUGGAAGAACCGAUUCGAUGUGCUGCUGUCAAUGUAGAUGGAAUCCAUCUUGCCCUUGGAAUGAAGGAUGGGUCAUUCACUGUCCUUAGAGUGAGAGAUAUGACUGAAGUUGUGCAUAUUAAAGACAGGAAAGAGGCAAUCCAUGAGCUGAAAUACUCUCCAGAUGGCACUUACCUUGCUGUUGGCUGCAAUGACAGCUCAGUUGACAUCUAUGGCGUUGCUCAGCGUUACAAAAAAGUUGGUGAAUGUGUUGGUUCACUUAGCUUCAUCACUCAUCUGGACUGGUCUUCAGAUAGUAGAUAUUUACAGACAAAUGACGGCAAUGGAAAGCGGCUUCUGUAUAGGAUGCCAGGAGGAAAGGAAGUGACAAGCAAAGAAGAAAUAAAAGGUGUUCACUGGGCUUCAUGGACAUGUGUUUCAGGCCUUGAAGUCAAUGGGAUUUGGCCCAAGUAUUCUGAUAUCAAUGAUAUAAAUUCAGUGGAUGGAAAUUAUGUUGGCCAGGUUUUAGUUACAGCUGAUGACUAUGGAGUUGUAAAAUUAUUUCGAUAUCCAUGCUUAAGAAAAGGGGCCAAGUUUAGAAAAUAUAUUGGUCAUUCAGCUCAUGUAACUAAUGUCAGAUGGUCACAUGAUUAUCAGUGGGUUAUUUCUAUUGGUGGAGCUGAUCACUCUGUGUUUCAGUGGAAAUUUAUUCCUGAAAGAAAAUUAAAAGAUGCUCUUCACAUAGCACCCCAAGAAAGUCUGGCUGAGUCCAACAGUGAUGAAUCAGAUUCAGAUCUAUCUGAUGUUCCGGAACUGGAUUCUGAGAUUGAGCAAGAGACACAGCUUACUUACCAUCGGCAGGUUUACAAAGAAGAUCUACCUCAGCUUAAAGAACAAUGCAAAGAAAAACAGAAAAGUGCUACUUCUAAACGAAGAGAACGUGCUCCUGGAAAUAGUAUUCGAUUGCACUUCAUUCAUGGUUACAGAGGUUAUGACUGUCGAAGUAAUCUUUUCUACACUCAAAUUGGUGAAAUUGUGUACCAUGUGGCAGCAGUAGGUGUCAUCUAUAAUAGACAACAGAACACACAGCGUUUUUACCUGGGUCAUGAUGAUGACAUUCUGUGUCUGGCUAUUCAUCCUUUGAAGGACUAUGUGGCCACAGGCCAGGUAGGUAGAGAUCCCUCAAUUCACAUAUGGGAUACAGAAACCAUUAAACCAUUGUCUAUAUUAAAGGGCUACCACCAAUAUGGCAUCUGUGCAGUUGAUUUCUCAGCCGAUGGGAAACGCCUAGCUUCAGUUGGAAUAGAUGACAGCCACACCAUUGUACUGUGGGACUGGAAGAAAGGGGAGAAACUUUCAGUGGCAAGAGGCAGUAAAGAUAAGAUUUUUGUUGUGAAGAUGAACCCCUAUGUGUCUGAUAAACUAAUUACAGCUGGGAUUAAACACAUGAAGUUUUGGCGUAGAGCGGGGGGAGGAUUAAUUGGAAGAAGAGGCUACAUAGGCUCUCUGGGGAAAAAUGACACGAUGAUGUGUGCAGUGUAUGGAUGGACUGAAGAGAUGGCUUUUUCUGGAACAUCCACAGGAGAUGUGUGCAUCUGGAGAGAUGUCUUUCUUGUAAAAACAGUUAAAGCCCAUGAUGGGCCAGUGUUCAGUAUGCAUGCAUUGGAGAAAGGAUUUGUAACUGGAGGAAAAGACGGUGUAGUAGCCCUUUGGGAUGAUUCCUUUGAAAGAUGUCUUAAAACCUAUGCUAUAAAAAGAGCUGAUUUAGCUCCAGGAUCUAAAGGUCUGCUCUUGGAAGAUAAUCCAUCUAUACGUGCCAUAUCAUUAGGACACGGUCAUAUUUUAGUUGGCACAAAGAAUGGUGAAAUAUUAGAAGUGGAUAAAAGUGGCCCAAUAACACUUUUGGUCCAGGGACACAUGGAAGGAGAGGUGUGGGGUUUGGCCACACAUCCUUAUCUGCCCAUCUGCGCUACUGUAAGUGAUGAUAAAACCUUAAGAAUAUGGGAUCUCUCUCCUAGUCAUUGUAUGUUGGCAGUCCGGAAACUGAAAAAGGGUGGGAGGUGCUGUUGCUUUUCUCCUGAUGGAAAAGUUUUAGCUGUAGGUCUCAAUGAUGGAAGCUUCUUAAUGGCAAAUGCAGACACUCUAGAGGAUCUCGUGUCCUUUCACCACAGAAAAGAUAUUAUUUCAGAUAUCCAGUUUUCACCUGGUUCUGGGAAAUACCUAGCUGUGGCGUCUCACGACAGCUUUAUAGAUAUAUACAAUGUGAUGAGCAGUAAGCGGGUGGGCGUCUGCAAAGGAGCCACCAGCUACAUAACCCACAUUGACUGGGACUCCAGAGGAAAGCUUUUACAAGUCAACACUGGUGCUAAAGAGCAGUUAUUCUUUGAAGCUCCCAGAGGGAAAAAACAAACUAUCCCCACUACAGAGGUGGAAAAAAUUAGUUGGGCCUCAUGGACAAGUGUACUUGGUUUAUGUUGUGAGGGAAUUUGGCCAAUAAUUGGAGAAGUCACAGAUGUAACUGCCUCUUGUCUCACCAGUGACAAAAUGGUCCUAGCCACAGGAGAUGAUUUGGGAUUCGUGAAACUGUUUAGAUACCCAGCUAAAGGAAAAUUUGGAAAGUUUAAGAAGUAUGUGGCUCACAGCACACAUGUCACAAAUGUUCGCUGGACUUAUGAUGACAGCAUGCUGGUUACCCUAGGAGGUGCAGAUAUGUCUUUAAUGGUGUGGACAAACGAAAUGGAGAGCUAUCGAGAAAAAAAGUCUUGUGAUAGUGAAGAAUCUGAUAUAGAUUCUGAAGAAGAUGGAGGCUAUGAUAGUGAUGUGACAAGAGAGAAUGAAAUCAGUUACACCAUCAGAGCCUUAUCAACCAAUAUCCGCCCAAUGCUUGGAGUCAAGCCUCAUUUGCAACAAAAAGAGCCAUCAGUUGAUGAGAGACAGGGGGUAGUAAGAGGAUCCAGGCCCCCAGUGAGUAGGGCCCCACCACAGCCAGAGAAACUUCAGUCAAACAAUGUUGGCAAGAAGAAGAGACCCAUAGAGGACCUUGUGCUGGAGCUUGCCUUUGGCUAUCGAGGCAGAGACUGCAGGAACAAUGUGCAUUACUUAAAUGAUGGUGAUGAUAUAAUUUAUCACACUGCCUCUGUUGGAAUUCUGCACAAUGUUGCUACAGGGACUCAGAGUUUUUAUCAGGAACAUAAUGAUGACAUUCUGUGCCUCACUGUAAAUCAGCACCCCAAAUUUAUCAACAUAGUGGCAACUGGCCAAGUAGGUGAUUCAGCAGACAUGUCAGCUACAGCCCCAUCUGUGCACAUCUGGGAUGCAGUGAACAAGCAGACAUUGUCUAUACUAAGAUGCUCCCAUUCAAAGGGUGUGUGCUCCGUCAGCUUCAGUGCUACUGGGAAGCUACUGCUGUCUGUGGGGCUGGACCCAGAGCACACCAUUACCAUUUGGAGAUGGCAGGAAGGGGCCAGAAUUGCCAGCAGAGCUGGGCACAACCAACGUAUUUUUGUAGCAGAAUUUCGACCAGAUUCAGAUACCCAGUUUGUCUCUGUGGGUAUAAAGCACGUGAAAUUCUGGACCCUGGCAGGAAGGGCUCUUCUCAGCAAAAAGGGGCUUCUGAGCACACUGGAGGAUGCCCGGAUGCAGACGAUGCUUGCUGUUGCAUUUGGUGCAAAUAACUUGACGUUUACAGGUACCAUCAGUGGUGAUGUCUGUGUGUGGAAAGAUCACAUAUUGUGUAGAGUGGUGGCCAGAGCGCACAAUGGGCCUGUGUUUGCCAUGUAUACCACCCUGCGAGACGGGCUGAUUGUGACUGGUGGCAAGGAAAGGCCGUCAAAGGAAGGAGGUGCAGUUAAACUGUGGGACCAGGAACUGAGGCGAUGUCGGGCCUUCAGGCUUGAGACAGGACAAGUCACAGAUUGUGUCCGGUCUGUGUGCAGAGGCAAAGGCAAGAUAUUAGUUGGGACAAGGAAUGCUGAAAUAAUUGAAGUUGGAGAGAAAAAUGCAGCAUGUAACAUUUUAGUUAAUGGUCAUGUGGAUGGGCCAAUAUGGGGACUAGCAACACAUCCUUCCAGGGAUUUUUUCCUUUCUGCUGCAGAAGAUGGGACAGUGAGACUCUGGGAUAUUGCUGAUAAAAAGAUGCUAAACAAAGUAAAUUUGGGACAUGCUGCCCGGACAGUGUGUUAUAGCCCUGAAGGGGACAUGGUGGCUAUUGGAAUGAAAAACGGAGAAUUUAUUAUAUUACUUGUGAGUUCUCUGAAAAUAUGGGGAAAGAAGAGAGACAGACGAUGUGCAAUCCAUGACAUCAGAUUUAGUCCAGAUUCCCGGUAUUUGGCAGUGGGUUCUAGUGAGAACUCAGUGGACUUUUAUGACCUAACAUUGGGUCCCACCCUUAACCGAAUCAGCUACUGCAAAGACAUUCCAAGCUUUGUCAUUCAAAUGGACUUCUCUGCAGAUAGCAGACAUCUCCAGGUUUCUAGUGGCUGCUAUAAACGGCAUGUCUAUGAAGUGCCUUCAGGAAAACACCUUGUAGACCAUGCUGCCAUUGAUAGGAUCACAUGGGCUACCUGGACAAGUAUUCUGGGAGAUGAAGUUAUGGGAAUCUGGUCCAGACAUGCUGAGAAAGCAGAUGUCACCUGUGCCUGUGUAUCUCAUUCAGGAAUCAGCCUUGUGACAGGAGAUGACUUUGGCAUGGUUAAGUUAUAUGAUUUUCCAUGCCCAGAAAAAUUUGCAAAGCACAAGAGGUUCCUAGGUCAUUCCCCCCAUGUGACGAAUAUUCGAUUUACCAGUGGUGAUCGACAUGUUAUCAGUGCUGGAGGCGAUGACUGCAGUUUGUUUGUCUGGAAAUGUGUACAUAUGCCUCACUGAGCUGCCAGUAUGAUGCUGAGAAGACUGAACAAAUCUCACCUCAAGACCAGUUCCAUGACAAAAAAAAAAACCAAAACCAAACUGCAUGGUCCAGUGGUGCUAACUGAAGAUUGACAGGGAGGGAUGCAGAGAAUCAUCCACACAGCAGAAGAUUGACAGUUCAAAAUGCUUGCUGUAUGUACCAACCCAUAAUCUGUACACUGCCAGAUAAUUACACUGCAAAUGACUGAAUUACUUGAUAGAAGCCAUCCUCCUCUUAUUGAGGAGUGUGGAAUUUGGCAGACUUGCCCAGGAGAUUUAGGGUACAGCAGUCUUAAAAAAAAAAUUGAAAAAUUUCUCAUUUCUAACAUUUCUUCAAUGAACUAUUUCAUCCUUGUACAAGGAAAGGCGUAAGUUAAGUGACCAUCAUCCUAAAGUAUCAGCUUUAAAAAUGCAAACGUUUUUCUUAGGGGAAUUUCCUGGCAAAUGUUCCUUAAACAUUAGUUUAGUGCCCUCUGCAAAGGACACUGCUCCACAGUCUGCUGAGAGCAGAUCCAGUCAGCAGCAUAUGACGUCCACGUUUUCAUGCUUGAGCUGUCAAUCUUUGUGUUUCGGAGCCAUCUCCAUACAAUUUUGAAGCAAAAUUAUGGCAUUAAUGGGAAAGUGAUAAUAAUGAGCGUUCAUUUCCACGUGUACAGUUUUUUUUUAAGGUUCUGUGAUAGCAAUAGCUCUUAACUGAAAGAUAAUACUGCAUAUUUAAAGGUAUGAUCUAAUUAAUAAACAUUUGUUUAUUGUGUAAACAAAAGCAUUAAAUUCAUACACGAAUAACACUGGGCAUACAUUUUUAUAGUUUUGUAUUGAAACAAGCUGUUUAACUAGAUGUAUGCCAUCCUGUAAGGCUGUUUUCCAAAAUGAAUGACUCCAGGAUCAUCUGAAGGAGCUCAGUCAGAAUCCUUCCAUUUUAAUGCUGCCAAAGAUUGGGACUUACCUUCCAGGACUGCUGUUUAGCCUCGCUAGUUUCCUCAACAUGAAAACUCCAGUAGACUGCCGUGUAAAACUUAUUUUUCUACAUGUGAAGACACCGAGGAUGCUCUACUGGUUGUUUCCAUUUUUAUUUUACUGUGUAAAUUAUCUUUGUAGCAUAGAUUCCCUCCCCCAAGCCUCUGAAAUCCUGUUUGGUUUGCUAUGUUUUCUAUGGCUCAAAAAUUGUGAAUAUUAAAACCAGAAUGAACACACUGCAUCAGAGAACUUUUGUCUAAGCAGUGCUUGGAGCCUGGCAAGUUUUAAAGCUGAAGGCUGAUGCAGGAACUUCAAGGACAUUAAAGCAUAAGGAAGCUCUUCCACUGCUCAUGCCAAAUGGUCCGUCUAUAUUAGGCCAAGUUUUAGAAUACACUGGUAUUACAAAAAAUGGGAGUCAAUAAAGAAUUCAUGUAAAAAGAAAACCGCCUUCAAAUUUAAGCAUGGUACAUAUUAUAGUUCUAAGGUUUCCCCUCUGGACAGCUUGCCAGCUUUGAGUUACAGAAAAUUUUCAGUUCUACAAAAGUCCAUAAUGUUAAACAAGUAAACCAUAAAGAAAAAACUGCUUCUUUUCUAUUUUUGUCCCCCAAAGUGGCAGUCUGACAAGUCAGUCUUUAUCACGGCAGUGGUCAGUUCCAUAACUGAAGACCAGAGGUUAAGCUGACUUUUAAGUAGUCAUUAUAUGGCCACCUUGCUGGAUUAACCACCAACUGUGAAAAGAAUGACGAAUCAUAUACAACCUGCCCAAUAGUUUUUGAAUCCAGAGAAUUAUUGUGUGUACUUGCACUAUCUGAAUUCAGAGCCGAAAACUGCCACCAGUUAUGGUCAUCCUACUUGUUCCCUAUGUAGAUGCAUGCAAAGCACAUAGUGCACUCUGGAACUCUGAUCAUCAUCAACCAUGUUCACUCUUUUCUCUGUGUCAUUUCUUGUGUGGGUUUCAUUUAGAACAAGUAGUCCAGUUAAUUGUUUUAGGGUCAGAAUAAGCCUGUCUAUAAACCACAGUCUUGAACAACAAACCAUUCGAAUGUGGGGCUAUAGCAUGUACUUCAGUUGGUAGAGUGUGUACCUAAAUUUGUAAAGCCCUGGUUUUAAUCCCUAGCACCACAUAUUAAAUGGGGCAUGUCUAUAAUCCCAGGUGUAAGCACAGAAUCAGAAAUUCAAAGUCAUUCUUGCCUACACAGUGCGUUUGAUAGCCUGAAGUAUGUGAGACUUUAUCUUAAAAAAAAAAACCAAAAACACUUUUUAAAUGUGUUUACGGUGUCACUGUCUACUAAAUAACAGAAAAUAAUUGGAUUGUCACAUGUUCUUUUCUUAUAAAAAGCUAAACCAGUUAAGUCCCUAUCCCUCACUUCUGGUCUUUACUGGACAGUUAUGAGAACAUAUCUAUGCCCAUUUUUAGAAAGUGAUAGUUAAAAAGCGUAGUUCUGGAAAUUCACACAAUUUCCAACAAAAUUUUUCGCUGAGACGCAAUGCUAGAAUGAAUGCCUUAAAUGUAAUGGAAUGCACUUACAGAAUGAAAAAUUGCCACCUCACCUGACCCUUUGCAGCAAGCAGCUUUAGGCCCUUGUCUCCUUUGUCCUUUUGCUCUUUCUGAUCUUUACUCUAUGUAUGGGAUUAGCAUGGCCAAGGCCAACUUAUGAAAUGGUUGAAUAAUUAGCUUAAUGCUUUUCUCUCUCAAUGGAAAGGCAAUGACCACAGAAGUAGAAGGCUGGCUUCACAGUGUUAAACACAGACUUUUAUAGGCAUGACUUUAUUAUCCAUCCCUUAUGUAACUUAACAGUUUAAAUUUGGUCCUGAAAAUGUUUGAGCUUUUAUUAUCCCCUUUACUAACCACCUCUUAUACUUUAAUUUUUAAAACAUCAAGUCCUGGAGAAAUCAGUUGUCUGUUAUUUAAAACAUUUGACACUUCUUGCCUUAACAGCUUCAAAAACCACACACAUAAAACUUCAUAAUACAGUGGCCAAGUUUCAUCCUAUUGUGACGUUUACCCAUUUGAUUUCUAUAAUUAUAUAUAGUUCUGUCAUUUAAAAUAUACCACCUAAAUCUUCUACAUUUCAAGAAUGAUCUUUAGGAGUAACUAAGUAUAUUUUCUGUGGAGUUAUUUCUGACAAUAUUUUUCAGAACAUGGGAAUAUAUAUGUAUAUUUAUACUCUUGUGAGUUCAAAGUCUGUUUUCUGAAACUUUCUGUAUAUACUUGUAAAAUUUUUUUGUAUGAUUUUGUGAUAAUGUAGUUUCCCCAAAAUUAUUUUUAAAUUAUAUACUAAUAGUAAAUGGAAGCGUUUCAAGGAAUUGUUCAUAUGUUUUUGCAUUUGUCAUUCCAACGAUGUUUAUCCUAUAUGACCAUGUCACUACUUACUUUCACAGAAGGCAAGGGAUCUCAGUCCACUCUGCCAGAGUAGCACUUAAACUAAGACUCUGUAUUAUGCUUUUCAAAGCAAAUUGAUUCAGACAUUAAAACCAAAAUUUAAAUUAGUUGUUCAAACCCGCGUUAGUAUUUUGGCCACUCCUAUUUCCUCAAAGAUGAUGUAUUACUUGUAACCCAGUGAGAAAACACUGCAUCAUCUUUGGGAAAAGCGAUUCAGCUGUGAGGACAAUGGCCUUCCCACAGCGCUACAGCCCUAAGCUGCAGGA